AUGGAGUGCGCCUCCGGAGGUAAAGUAAAACCAUUGGAGAAUCACAGUGCCUGCUGUGGCUGCAGAGACCGCUUUGCAAAGAAGCUAUUUGCAAAAAAAGAUGAAUGUAUAGUGAGAAAAUUGGAUACCUCUGCACACUGUGAACUUCGGUGCUGUACGGAGGGGCCAGUAAGAAAUGGCCUCAUUGGGCAGCGGGCCCCCUCCAUCAAUCCCGAGAGACUGAAAGAUUUUGGUGAAGAGGAUUACCUAAAUGGGGGAGUGAAGACCUGGGAAAUGAAGAUAAUCAGCCAUAACGAGGAACUGCUAAGAGAUCCAGUUGUUCGCCCAGAAAGAAGUAGUGUGCCAGCCUACAACAAGUUUAUCCGAUUUGAAGAUAUCAGUGCAGCAGCGUUCAAAAUUCAGUGUGGGGUCCAGAAAACGCCCUGUACGUAUUCCAGGCUUUCAAAGCAGUAUGGACUGGACAUAUAUCUAAAGAAAGAGUUCCUUCAGUACACAGGAUCUGUGAAGGAGCGGGGUGUGCUUUACCUUCUGAUGUCUUUGCAACAGGAUCAGCAAAGGAAAGGUGUGAUCGUUGCCUCGGACACUAACUUCUCCAUGGCAGUAGCAUAUCAUGCCUCAGAGCACCAAAUCCCGGUGUUUGUCAUCAUGUCCACCAGCACCUUGCCAGCCAGAGUUAAAAUGUGCCGUGAAUACGGUGCCAUGGUCAUUUCCUAUGGCUCUACAGCGAGAGAUGCUCAGAUGCAUGCCAAGAGGCUGGCACAAGAAAACGGCUACUUGUAUCUUGAAGAAGAAGACAGUUCUGUCUACCUAUCAGGGCUGGGGACCAUGGGACUGGAGAUCUACGAACAGGUGCCAAAACUGGAUGCAGUGAUAUUCCCGGCAGGAGCCCACUGUGGAAUGCUAGCAGGCUCAGCUGCUGCACUGAAACACCUGAACCCACAUAUUUCUGUGAUUGGUGUAGAAUCGGAGAGUUUCCCUGUGUUGCAGCAAUCGUUAAAGAUUGGUCACCCGGUAGAAGAUCAAAACCAUCAGUUUUACAGAGAUGUGAGCGGACCUUGUUUUGGCACCAACUCAUUGCAGCUGACUGGGAAAUUUGUUGAUAAAGUUGUAACAGUGAGAGAAGAGGACAUUCUGAUUGCCAUGCUGAGGUUGCUGGAAUACGAACGCGCCACAGUCGAUGCAGAAGGAUCCAUUGGCCUUGCAGCUCUGGUCACUGGGAAGUUGCCAGAGUUAAAGGGUAAAAGAGUGGCUGUUGCAGUGUGUAGUGGUAACCUGGAGCUCUCACUGAUGAGGCAGUGCAUAGAUCGUGCCCUUACCCUGGACAACAGGGUCUGCAAAUUCUCCAUUCUGAUCUCUGACUGUCCAGGCGAUAUUUCAAAGCUACUGGCGAUCUUGGCUCGGGAGGAAACAAGAGUAUUGGACAUAAAACAAGAACACAUGUACGUGGCGUCUGAUCUGUUCACCAGCGAGGUCAUGUGCAUUGUAGAGACCAGAGACAAAAUCCACACUGCCCAGUUAAGGAACGCCCUGCUAGACUGCUACCCAAUGAUGAGAUGGAUGGAGCGGUGAUGAGCCAGCCAAUUUGAAAAGCUCCACGAUCAUCUUCUUAUGUCUCAGUUUCAGGAAAGUUGAAGACAUUAUUGUUGCUUAUUUCUAUAGAGCCAUCACACUGUACAUGGUGCUUUACAAAGAACCGGGAUCGACAGGCUCCGACUACCCUAAGAGGUUUACAGUCUAAAACGGCAUUGCAAUCAAAAAUACAAUUGCGACAGCACUGGUAUGUUUAAAUCUUGCAAAAUGAGAAAGUUAGGAAAUAGCAGUAGGGUUUCUCUUCUGCAUAUUCUCUCAAAUCAGAAUGAAACACC